AUGGCAGAUUCUGAUAAUGAAAUAAUAUAAUUUGAUAACGGAGAUGUUUUUUUAAGAAGAUAUGACCCGAUAACUAAAUAAACAUAAAUGAUAAAUAUAAAUAAAAUAAAAGAAAUUGAUUUUAAGGAAAGUAAAAUCACUGUUGAUCCUAAAAAUGAUGAAAAAAGACCUUAAAAAUAUACUGUUCCAAUAUAUGAGCCUUUUUAAUGGUACCCAGUAAUAUCAGACGGAGAUAUACCUGAAUAAAGAGGAGGUCAUUCAUUAAAUGCAAUCGGAUAAUUCUUAAUUUUAUUCGGAGGUUGUUAUUUAGAUUUAAAAUGUAUGAAUGAUAUAUACUUUUAUAACAUAGUUGAUUAAAAAUGGGAUCUUCCUAAAAUUUUUGGAGAUCCACCUUCUCCAAGAGGUGGACAUUCUUCAACUUUGGUCGGAUAAUAUUUAUAUAUAUUUGGGGGUUCAUCUAGUUUAGGAAUCUUUAGCGAUUUAUAUCGUUUAGAUUUAACAAAUAGAAUUUGGGAAGAAUUAAAUUUAAUAGGACAAAAGCCAUCUGGAAGAUGCAACCAUAAAGCGAUUUUAGAUAAUAAUGGAAGAAUAGUGAUUUUUGGAGGAUAUACAUAAUAAGGAUAUUCUAAUGAAGUCUUUUUUCUUGAUUUAGUAAAUUUAAGGUGGGAAAAACCUUUUAUUAAUGGAGAAUUGCCUCGUCCUAGGGAAAAUUUUUCAAUGAAUCUAAUCAGAGAUUCUUAUAUUUGGAUUUUCGGAGGAUAUUCUAUUGGGGGAGAAAAUAAUGAUAUUUGGUAAUUGGAUGUAGAAAAUAUGAAAUGGAGAAUUAUUAGUUAAAGUUUUGGCACAAAGCCAAUUGAAAGAUAAGGGCAUUAGACUGUUUUACAUGGAAAGUAUAUAUACAUAAUAGGAGGGUGUAAUUAUAAAUAAGAGAAAUGCUUUAAUGAAGUAUAUUAACUAAAUAUAGAAGAUAUUACUUGGACUAAUUUAGAAUUUCCAUUAUAAAAUAUACUAGAAUAAAUGGAUAAUAGUAGUAUUUCUUUGAUGGGAGCGGAUUUGUAUGUAUUUGGAGGGUGCAAAAUGAUGAGAAAAUGUUAUAAUGAUUUUCUUGUGAUGAAUAUAAGUGAUGUAUGUCCAAAAAAAUGCCAUAAUAAGGGAAUUUGUAGGAAUAAUAGAUGUUAAUGCGAGGAAGGAUAUUUUGGGGAAAGCUGCGAAAUUCAACUUUUAUGCGAAAGAAAUUGCUCUAAUAGGGGAAUUUGUGGAAGUGAUGGAAGAUGCAAGUGCUUUCCAGGGUUUUCGGGAAAGGUUUGUGAGAUUUAUGUACCUUGUCCGUUUAAUUGUACUGAUUAGAAAUAAGGAAAGUGUUUAGAUAAUGGAAGCUGCUAGUGUUUAAAUGGAUAUUAUGGAGAUUCUUGUGAAAUUUUUGAGAGAAUAAGUUGUUUUUAACGAAUGCCUUAAUAAUUGUAAUGGGAAAGGAAAAUGUAAUAAGGAUACUGGAAUUUGUAUUUGUGAUGUUUAUUUUUUUUUAAAUUUCUUUUAAUUUUUUUUUUAAUUUUUUUUUUUUUAGUAACGGAUAUGGAGAUAUUGAUUGUUCAGUUAGUGUUGCUGAUAUGGAAAAAAAGAAAAAACAGAAUAUUACAUUACAUCAUAAUUAAACUUAAUAAUAAGUUAAUGCUACUGAUUUUGAGAGUUUGAAUAAUGGAAGGAAACAUAUUGAAACUUAAAAAAUGGAUGAAAACUAAAAAUAAGAAGAAAAAUAAAAAGAAGGACAAACAAAAAUAUAAAAAUAGGAAAUAGAAAUAGAAAAAGUAUAAAAAUAAAAUGAAGAUGUACAAAUAGAAGAAGAUUAAAAUUAAAAU